AGCUGUGUUUAGGGAGGAGCAGUGAAAGUGAAAGUGUUGAUCCUCCGUUCAGAGCAGCAGGAGGAGGAAGGUGGAACUGAGGCAGACUAACUCCACCCUGACAUCAAGAAGAUGGAGGAAGAGGACGGAGCAGCAUCUGCAGUAUCCAGCUGUGUGUCUGUGAGGAGUGACUGGUCCAAAGACAUACUUCCUCCAGACUUCAGUCAUGAACCUGCACCAACAGUGAACUUCAUUCAUGUUCAGCUGACCAUAGGUCAGAGGUCACAGUCUCCAGUAUCCAGCUGUGUGUCUCUGAGGAGUGACUGUUCCAAAAGCCUACUUCCUCCAGACUUCAGUCAUGAACCUGCACCAACAAUGUUCUUCAUUCAUGGAGCUCAGCUGACCAUAGGGAGGAAGAGGAAGAGGAGUGGUGUUUGUGAGGAGGAACAGCUGUCCUGCUGUGCUUUGUGUCAGGACGUCCUGAAGGAUCCAGUCUCUACCAGCUGUGGACACUGGUUCUGCAGACAGUGCAUCUCCUCAUACUGGGACCAGUCUGCUUCAUCAGGAGACUCCUCCUGUCCCCAGUGUGGAGAAAGAUCCAGAACCAGAGUUGGACUGCAGACAGCCAGUCAGAGCAGCUGUGUACAAACAGAUGUUGGUCUGCAGGAGGUUUUAGAUGAACAUAAGAUCAGUCUGAGGAGGAGAUGUGAAAGUGUGACUGAAGGAAGUGAUGAAACAGGAAGUAGAACCCUCCUCAACAGGAUCUACACUGAGCUCUACAUCACAGAGGGACAGAGUGAAGAGGUUCAUACCCAACAUGAGGUGAGGCAGCUGGAGACAGCUUCCAAGAUGGACGCCCUCCAUGACACUCCAAUCAGGUGCCAGGACAUCUUUAAAGCCUUACCUGACCAACAGAGAUCCAUCAGAGUGGUUCUGACCAACGGCGUCGCUGGUGUUGGAAAAACCUUCUCAGUGCAGAAGUUCACUCUGGACUGGGCAGAGGGCUUAGAAAACCAACACAUCAGUGCGGUGGUUCUGCUUUCAUUCAGGGAGCUGAACUUGGUCAGAGAUGAGCAGUACAGUCUCCUGGAGCUGAUCCAUGUUUUCUAUCCAACAUUACAGAGCGUCACAGCAGAGCAGCUCACUGUGUGUAAUCUUUUGUUCAUCUUUGAUGGACUGGAUGAAAGCAGACUUUCAUUGGAUUUCACCAACAGGAAGCUUGUGUCUGAUGUCACACAGAAGUCAUCAGUCAGUGAGCUGCUGACAAACCUCAUCGAGGGAAAUCUGCUUCCCUCUGCUCUCGUCUGGAUAACUUCCCGACCUGCAGCAGCCAAUCAGAUUCCUCCUACAUGUGUUGACAGGCUAACAGAAGUACGAGGCUUCACUGACGCUCAGAAGGAGGAGUACUUCAGGAGGAGAUUCAGUGAUGAAGAGCUGUCCAGCAGAAUCAUCUCCCACAUGAGGACAUCCAGAAGCCUCCACAUCAUGUGUAGUAUCCCAGUCUUCUGCUGGAUCACUGCUGCAGUUCUGGAGCACAUGUUGACUACAGAGCAGAGAGGAGAGCUGCCCAAGACCCUGACUGACAUGUACUCACACUUCCUGCUGGUUCAGACAAAGAGGAAGAAGAACAAGUACCAUGAGGGACAUGAGAUGAGUCCACAGGAGCUGAUGGAGGCUGACAGGGAAGUUCUUCUGAAGCUGGGGAGGCUGGCGUUUGAACAUCUGGAGAAAGGAAACAUCAUGUUCUACCAAGAAGACUUGGAGCAGUGUGGUCUGGAUGUCACAGAGGCCUCGGUGUACUCAGGAGUUUGUACAGAGAUCUUCAAAAGAGAGUGUGUGAUCUUCCAGAAACCAGUUUACUGCUUUGUUCAUCUGAGCAUUCAGGAGUUUCUGGCUGCAGUCUACAUGUUCCACUGUUACACCAACAGGAAGACAGAUGAGCUGAAGGACUUCCUGGGAAAAACAUGCAAGAAGUCAUCUCUGGAUGAUUUUCUCAAGCAAAUCAUAAAGAAAUCCCUCCAGAGUAAAAAUGGCCUCCUGGACCUGUUUGUUCGCUUCCUUCAUGGCCUCUGUCUGGAGUCCAACCAGAGACUCUUAGGAAGUCUGCUGGGUCAGACAGACAACAGUCCAGAAACCAUCCAGACAGUCAUCAACAACCUGAAGAAGAUGAACAGUUAUAAAAUCUCUCCUGACAGAAGCAUCAACAUCUUCCACUGUCUGAUGGAGAUGAACGACCUCUCAUUAUUUCAGGAGAUCCAAGAGUUCCUGAAGUCAGAGAACAGAUCAGAGAAACUCUCUGAGAUCCAGUGCUCAGCUCUGGCCUUCAUGCUGCAGAUGUCAGAGGAGGUUCUGGAUGAGUUUGACCUGCAGAAGUACAAAACAUCAGCAGAGGGACGACUGAGACUGACUGCAGCUGUGAGGAACUGCAGAAAGGCUGGAUUGUAUAAUUGUGGACUCUCAGAGACUCACUGUGAAGUUGUGGCCUCAGCCCUGAAGUCCAACCCCUCCCAUCUGACAGAGCUGGACAUGAGUAAGAACAACCUGCAGGAUUCAGCAGUGAAGCUUCUGUGUGCUGGACUGGAGAGUCCAAACUGUCAACUGGAGACUCUGAGAUUGAGGGCCUGUGGUUUGUCAGAGAUCAGCUGUGAUUAUCUGGCAGCAGCGCUGAAGUCCAACCCCUCCCAUCUGAGAGAGCUGGACCUGAGUACUGACUCCGAUUCUUGGAACAACAACAAGCUGCAGGAUUCAGGAGUGAAGCAUCUGUGUGGUUUCCUGGAGAGUCCAGGAUGUAAACUUGAAACUCUGAGAUUGAAGGAAUGUGGUUUGUCAGAGAUCAGCUGUGAUUAUCUGGCAGCAGCACUGAAGUCCAACCCCUCCCAUCUGAGAGAGCUGGACCUGAGUAGUGACUCCCGGUUUUUGUUUAACAACAACAACCUGCAGGAUUCAGGAGUGAAGCAUCUGUGUGGUUUCCUGGAGAGUCCAGGAUGUGGACUUGAAACUCUGAGAUUGAGGAACUGUGGUUUGUCAGAGAUCAGCUGUGAUUAUCUGGCAGCAGCGCUAAAGUCCAACCCCUCCCAUCUGAGAGAGCUGGACCUGAGUAGUGAAUACUCCCGGUGGUCAUCUAACAUCAACAACCUGCAGGAUUCAGGAGUGAAGCAUCUGUGUGGUUUCCUGGAGAGUCCAGGAUGUAAACUUGAAACUCUGAGAUUGAGUCGCUGUGAUUUGUCAAAGAUCAGCUGUGAUUAUCUGGCAGCAGCACUGAAGUCCAACCCCUCUCAUCUGAGAGAGCUGGACCUGAGCAGGAGCAACCUGAAGGAUCCAGAUGUGAAGCAGCUGUCUGAUCUUAAGGAGAGUCCAGACUACAGACUGGAGACUCUGGUGAGGAGGUGAUGAUGGUAAACAGGACGGUGUGUGCUGAGAGAGGAGGAGCUGUGUCCUGAUGAUCCAGAGAGGUUGAAGCAGCAGCAGCUUGUGUGUAGAGACGGCGUGACUGGGAGGUGGAGUGGAGAGGAGAGCUUCAUCAGAGAACAGCUCCACUGUCAGACACAAUGUAGAGUCCAGCAUCAUCCCUGUGUGUCCCUCUGGAUCUGACAGAGGAUCAUCAGUGUAUCUGGACUGCUCUGCUGCUGCGCUGUCCUUCUGCAGUCUCUGCACAGUCUCUGUCUGACUCUGUAAAUAUUUUACAACUUGUUGUAAUUACAGAACAUUAAUAUUAUAUUCUAACAUGUGAUCUUAUCUUUAUU